AAUUACUUGAGGGCCGCUUUAUUUCAAUCAAGAAGCCAUUAUAGGCAUUAAUUGUCUCACAUUAAGAUGAUAUGAGUUUCAUGGAAGUAUAAAAAGGAGACUUAUACCGACAGGAAACUGAAAUAUGUUCGCUUAUUAAGUACUAGCAUUUGAAUGCAUAACGACGAAAUAAUCGAAUUAAUAGCAACUGGUUUAAUAAAAAUGGAAUUGAUUUAAAGCUGUUGUUGUAUAGCUAUACAUCUGGACAUAAUAAUGAAGUCAAAACGAUUGCAUAAAUCAGAAGGAUAUGUGUUUGUGAUAUUUAUGUGCUGUGUGUUGCAAACAAUAUUGACAGCUCCAUUACCAGAUCUGCAUGGCUUAUCAAACUGUGACUUGUACAUUACGGCAGACAACACAACUCAAGAACUUAAGUGUAGCAUUCAAACUGGGCAAGUGUUGGACUAUAGGCGGGUGCGAGGCUGGACGGCACUUCAAAGCACGGGCACAUUCUCCGUUCACAUAACAUGUAACGGAGGAUCGCUUCAUAUGCCAUGGCCCUUUAAAGCCAAACAUGUGGUAGCACUGCAAGUGAACGGCUGCAAACUCUUUGGAUUUUUGUCAGAGAUGACGCAACAACAGUCCGUGGAAGACGAGCUUCGAACUCUGAUGCUGUACAAAACAACCAUUGUGAUACCCUUUGCGGACAUGUAUGCUUUGAGGAAUAACCUUGACCGAAUUCCACGUGACACAGACUGCGGCCAGGUAACCCUAGAAAAGCUGGUACUCAGGGACGUCCAUUACGACCUACAGAUGACGCCGGAAGACAGGGACCGGAUGUCACCCAUCGUGCACAAUACUUCAAUAGGACAUGAUGCCGCCUUGUUGCCAACGAAGUCGCCAUGCGUAUUUCCCAAUUUAAAGUACGUCGACGAGAGUGGCAGUAGGAAGACCGGCCAGUAUCACUUGAAACUCCUACCGGACUAUUCCGUGUUCCCUAAGCUGGAGGUGUAUAACAUGUCAAGGAAUGAACUCAGCCAUAUUCCCGAUUUUUUCCGGUAUUUGCAUUCGGAUAAGUACCCGUCAUUAAGACAACUUGACUUCUCGAACAACAUUCUUCAUAGCUUCGAAUUCGAAAUACCAAAGAAUGUCAAAACUUGUACUCUGGAGAAGGUUGACCUCCACAACAACCGCAUCGCCUUCAUUCCUAAAGAGACCACUGAUACUCUGCAGAACAUCGGGACAAUACUCGUUGAUCUCCGUGAAAAUCCGUUGCGGUGCACGUGCGAAUUAAAGGAUUUGCGCGUGUAUCUCGAGGCUCAAUACCGGAAGUCAGCCAAUAUGACUCGGCAGUUGAUUUCUGAAGUCACUUGUUCGUUGCGGUCCGCAUUUCACGGGACGAUGGAUCAAGUUAGUCUGCUGAAUUCAGGCUUUGACAAAAAGUGUGGGUAGUUUAGUGCCAUUUAAAUUCAUACUACCUAAAUUAUAAACUAUCCGAUGUCUGUUAUGUUAGUAUUCUCACAUGUUCACAUUGUUACCGA